AUGAAGCUGGCACGGCCUUCAGUCAAUCCAGGGCGGAUGAAGAACAUCAUCCACGGCUGCCAGGCCCUCCUCAUCUUCCUCGCAUGGGCUCUGACUAUCGCGGUGUGGACGAAGGGUGAUGGCAUUGAUGGACGGACAGCUUGGUAUUGGGCUUUGUGCUGGUUUAGUAUCCCCGGUUUAAUCUACCUCGUCGCUGUGCCGAUAUGGCCGCGGGCCCGGCGAUUCGGAAACGUUUAUGCCUUUGCGAGCGUUGAUAUGUUGUAUGCUGUUUUGUGGUUUGCGGCGUGGGUUUGUGUUGCGUCGUAUGUGGCUCAGGGCAAGGCGGAAGGGAAGGAUAGCGAUUCGGAUAAGGACAAGGACAGCAACAAAAGCAAUAAGCGGGCCAGUGACAGCGAUAGCAGCAGCAAGGGCGGAUGCGAUAACUGGAAGUAUGGCAGCGCGGCCAAGUGCAAGAUUAGUACGGCUACAGUGAUCUUUGGGGUUGUCAUUUUCCUCCUCUUCGUUGUCACGGCUUUCAUGUCCUUCCGCAACGUCGUGCACUUCCGUCGCACCGGUACCCUGCCCGACGCAGUCUCCGACCCCAGUUUCGCGGCACACUCCAAGGCCGCUUUCUCCUCGACUCCCGUCCACGACUUCGACGAGGAAGAAGAAGGCGACUUUCGCUCUGGUCGCGGCAACAUGGCAUCCUCCGCACGCAGCGACCGCGACGAAGACUACGCUCUCCUUGAACAAAGCGAAAUCGACGAUCUGGGCCACCACCCUGGCCGUUCCGCGCUAUCCGGCGGGUAUGAUCCCACUGCAUCUACGAUGACGGGAGGAAGCAGCGUUCUGCAUGAUUACAGCACAACUAGCUAUGGCGGUGCAUAUGGCCAGCACUACGGGGCACCGUCAGAGUAUCCAGCGACAGAGUAUCCGCCGACGGAGUAUCCGCCAACUGAUUAUGGAUCGAGUUUGAAUGGUCAUGGUCAUCGUUAG